GCAUUGUGGGUGCGCAGCAUUCAACCUUCAAUAUGGCUGCGUCCACAGUAGGUCGGGUGCUGUCUGGGUGCAAGCACCUUUGGGCAGGGCUAGGGGUGCAGUGGUUUGGGCGACCAGUGGGCAGAAGUCUGUGUGGAUACAGUAGUUUAAUUUGCAGUGGCUUGGGAAGAGACACAUCAGAAAGGCAGUUACUCCAGCAGUGCACAUCUUUUCACUCAUCUGCAGUAUGUAAUGGACUUGAUGAAUUCUUUGAUGAUCCCAAGAACUGGGGGGAAAAAUCGGUAAAAUCUGGUGAUGCUUGGACUGCCAAACAACUAAGAGAAAAAAACAGUGAAGAUUUGCACAAACUUUGGUAUGUAUUGCUCAAAGAGAAAAACAUGCUCUUAACUUUGGAACAGGAGUCUAAACGGCAAAGAUUACCAAUGCCAAGUCCUGAGCGUCUUUCCAAGGUGGGCAAGGCAAUGCAGAGAAUAGACACGGUCAUUACUGAAAGAGAAGAUUCCCUCAGGUUGCUACAGACUGGUCAGGAAAAGCCAAUACCUGGGGACUGGAGAAAAAACUGUUUUGGCGAAACAUCAUGGUACACCUACAAAGAGUGGCCGAUGCCUUGGUUUAUGAACAGAGGUUACAAGAAUAAAAAAUUUUUUUCAUUGCCCUAUGUUAAUCAUUUCCUUAGGUUGAAGUUGGAAAAGAAAUUGCGUAGUGCAGCAAGAAGAAAUAGAGCUGAAAGAGAGAAGCAGCUGGACUUGGAAAGGAGGUUCCCACAUCUAGCUAAUAAGUCAUAGUCAUUUUGCAGAAUAUAUGCCCAAAAUAAAAUUUUGUACUUAAAGAUACACUGCUUAUAUUUCUUUUAACAUACAUGUAUAUCAUACUUUGUGUAAAAGUAAUGUGUAUGGGGUUUUUUUUUUUUUUUAAUAUAUACAGUGGAUUAAAGGGUCAAUAAAUAGGACUUGUGCUGAA